UACCAGAUUACAUUUGCUACAUGCGGAUUAAAUUAGAUAAUCAACGCCGUUCAAUUUUUGCGGACUGAAGUCGCAAUUACAGUAAUUUUAUCAUUCGGUGUAAAAUAAUACCGAUGAAGUAUUUAGAUGUAUAAAAAGUGUUCAUAUAUUAUUAUUUGUUAGACAAUGAGCCGAGAUGAUGCAACAGCACGAAGAACCUAAAGAGCUCAAAACGAGAACCGGUGUGGAAAACGACGGUAACGUUUCCCGUGAGCCGGAUUCGACGCCAUCAACUCCAGCCGCCCAGAACCGGUUCCCGUUGGCUAGAACCGGUAGAGACAGCGGCUAUGGAACGGACUACUCGCCGUCACCGUCAUCCGUUACGUCAACCAGACAUUUUGUUUUCAAUGACGAAAUCAUCGCCGGUAGAAAUAUUUCAACCGAUAAUGUUUCUGAAAUGCUGUCUGAGCGGCUACAAACCAUUCAGCUCGGGUCAAGGGAAAAUGGAACUGUUGACGGUAAUCUUAAGUCAAUGGAUAUGACUGAGACCGAUGAAAUCGAUGAGGAGGUUAUGAAUAUCAAUGCAAAUAAUAGUGCUUCUUGUAAUUUCGGACUUUACGAUGUCGAAAGGAUAGAAAGACCUAGUGCGCCAUUCCCAGACCCGGACACUUUUGUAGGUGCUGGAAGUGGGACUGGCCACAGAUGGGAUAGUAGCCUUGCAAGUCGCACAGUGGUGAGACCUUUAUCCAGAAUCGGAUAUCGCACUAAUACUACAGGCACUGUAGAUGUUCAGCAAUUUCCCAACAAUGAUGCAUCUCCGAUGUCAACAGUCCAAACUGCAAGACAGCAGAAUCAAUCACAAAUUGAACAUCUGACACAUGACCGUUCUUAUUCACUCCCAAAUGUCCAAGUUCUACAAGAGGAAUCGUGUGAGCAGGCGGUUGGAAGACAACUUCGUCGUCUUAGCGACGAGUUCUUUCACUUUCAUUGUCACAGACGACGGCGGCGUGCGCUGUCUGUAGAGUCCUCUCCGUUUCCUCUGAGAGUGAACAUUGAUAUUUAUGCUGGUACAGCCUUUCCAGACGGAAGGACAGACCACGACGCAGAGGACACUGAAGAGGAAGCAAAUAGCCGACAGUCUGAGGGACAGUAAAGUUGUGCAGUGAUUGGAAUAGAAAAAUAUGAUAUAGAACGUAAUUUGGACCAUGUCAGAAAACUGUUGUGUGAUAUUUUGCAGUUUGAAAGAUAGAAUGGCAUUAAGUUUCUUUUUUUUUUUUUUCACAUACAUGUACAUUUUUACGGUUUUGCAUUGUCAUCCUAUAUUCUGGCAAAUAUGAACAGAUGUGUUUUGUCCUUUAAACGGCAUGGAGAAAUCAACGACGGUGCAGCUCUACUGACUUUAUGCAAAUUCACGAUGAAUUCAGUCAACACAUUGUCGUUUACAUUUCUGUUCCUAAGUGCAAUAAUGUCAUCAGUUUUUUUUUAUACAGAACUGUUUUCUACAGAUGCAUUAUAUGAACAAAAACGUUUUAGACAGGUUUAAACAGACCGUCUGGGUGUGCGAGGUUAUGCAUUUCAUCAAAAAUGAAAUAUUUUCUCCUAAGGAGCAUAGACUUUAUUUGAGUUUGCAUAUGAGUAAAUAUAUUGUACGUACCUCAUAUUAAUUUGAAGUUGUAAGAAAGUAAUUAUUGAGUCGGUUGAAAAGCUCUCCAGUCGGUUACGAAACGGUGGCCGACUCAAAAUAAAUCUUAUUUAUGUACUCGUUUGAUAAGAAAUCUGUCCGAGUCAUCCCACAAGAUGAUCGAUCGUUGCCUGAUAUUAUAAAAAAUAUAAAUAUAAACCAAAGUACAUUUGUACAAGCACAAGAUGUUCAAAUUGAUAUACAUGUUUGUAUCUUUUUUAAAGUUGAUUUAAAUUUAGCAUUAAAUGCUUUUUAGCUCACCUGAGAACAAAGUGUUCAAUGUGAGCUGUUUUGAUCGCCCUUUGUCCGGCGUUCCGUCAUCGUCCGCCAUUGAAAACAAUUUGGCUUUGUCAGUCUAGUUUUCUCUGUAAAAAAUUGGUACGAUUCCAAAUUGGAUGGAUAAUCUGAGGUCAAAAACUAGUCACAAGUUCAAAUCAUAAAAUGAAUCUAGUCAGUAGUAUCUUUAGAGCCUUACUUCUGCUUUAUCUAUAAAUUAGCUUUAAAGAAAUCUAGGCCAAAUUAGAAACUAGAUCAUCUAGGGUAAUAUGUAUAGGUUAAUAAAUGGGAGAGCGGUGCCUUUGAGUGAUAAUGGCCCUGGCAAGGUGAUAAUAGCCCGAGGGCUUGCUCUCCCAUGUAUUUACCUGUUUAUUACAUGUUUACCUAUAAUAUAGUAAGAAAUGGUUUUUUUUGUGUCAUUUUUAUGGGUACUUGCAUCUUCUGGCACAAUAAAUUUCAGCUUUUCAGUUUCUAUAUUAUUUGUAUAAGAGUCUAUUUACUGUAUAAAAUCAAAUACCUGGAUAGUUGUACUUUCUUGCUUAUUGCAUAAUUUAGGGAUAAAAUACGAUAUUUCACGAAGAAUACACGAUGUUACGCUCAAGAUGAUAAAAUAAAACGGAAAUAUUCGCUGUUUUACCUCCACGAAACGCCAUGACGUCAUUUCUGUUUACAGACGUUAAUUUCCCGCGCUAACGCCAGGGCCAUUAUCGAUAAUGGCCCCGGGGCUUAUUAUGAUAAUGUGAUAAUGCAUGACGCAAUGCGAUAAUGGGAGAAUUUUCAACACAAAUUUGUUACUAUUUAUAGGUACUCAUGUAAUAAUAACCUUUAUCAUGCUGGACACGAUUGAUUCUGCCUUUGCGACCAGUGUAGAUCAUGAUCUGCACUGUUCGCUAUUUAGUCCGUAUCUUUUUGGUAAGCAUCCCUUUUAGCAGCUAAUGGUACUGUGCAAACUGAAAGAUGGACAAGUUCAUUAUAGAAAUUUAGCAGGGUAAGGGUUAAUGAACUGAUGUAAGACAUUAGUGGUCCUCUCACGCUUAUAAAUGGCGCUACAGAGUGCAGGUUUCAUCUUGAAAAUAACAGAUUUCGCCCAGCUGAUCACAAAAAAAAAUCUUAAUUGUUUUGUUAUAUUUUGAAAUUUACUGACUCGAUAGGUAUUUAUUUGACCGAUUUUGUAAUUUCAUUGAUGACGAAACUACAUGCAUUAUUGUUAAGUGUUGUUAAUAUUAUUACAAAUGUUCUUUUUCUGUACAUUCCAAAUUUCUUAAAAAACGUGGGGGUGGGGGAAUUGUUAAAAAUGUCUUACAUUGCAAACAUUAGAAUGUAGGGGUACUGUUUUGAUGAGUCUAAAAUAGAAUAUACCUGAAAAAUAUGUCAUAGUCUAGGAGCUAGUCUUCAUAUUUUACAUGAUGAUACUCGUAUAAGGGUAAGUUUGCUUUUGGAUACAAAAGUCAGGAGAGUGCCAUUCUAGAUCCUCUUUAAGUUUGUCAUGCUGGACAGCUGUAAUUAUAUUCCUGUCUGUUGUAAAUACGCCUUAUUUAUUAUACUGACUAUGCAGUUAUGAUUUGAUUAAUGUUCAAAAAUGUAAUUUGUAAGUAGAUGAUGUGUUCGUUACCGUAUACAAGAUUGAAUGUAUGUUUCAUCCCAUAAGUAGUGUAGUUCGAUCUCAGUUCCGCUGUCGGAAUUAUCAGUUUCAAACAUAAUGUACAAAUGAAGAAGAGAGUUUCUAAACAAAGGCAAAAUGGCGACAAUCAAUUUAUUAUAACUAUUGUUGCACCGAUGUUAUAAGCGGCAUUGUAUUUUUUUUUAAUUUAAAUGAUUUACUGAAACAGUCAAUUUAUUUUUAAAUGAAUUCAGGCUUUUUUCGUAAAAUAUUAUUUUAUGAACAAAGUAUUGUCAAUUCUAGAUAUACGUGUAGCCAAUGUUGUUCAUACUUUUGUACCCGUGUGAACUUACUGUUCAGUCUAAUUGUACAUUUUUAUAUUAAUGACUUAAAACUUUCUGAGUAUUUGUUUUUGUUCUUGUUGACAUUAUUGUAUGUUUAUUGAAAUUACGUCAUAAUAAAACCUUUUCACUGGU